AUGAUUUUGUAUACAUAUCACGGAAUUAUAUUGAGAAACAAUUUGGACACAAAAUAUUGGACGACUACUAAUGUCGAUGACUUUAUACCCGACCGUUUCAUCGACAAUACUGACGGUACUUAUAGGACAACCAGUUGUUUGCAGGCAUUCAUACCUUUCGGUGUCGGACGUCGUAAAUGUUUAGGCGAGAGUUUAGCCAUCGCUCAGCUGUUUCUAGUUUUGGUCCGAUUUAUACAAUCGACACAAAACUAUGAUAUAGUUUUGGACAGUCAUCAGGAGCCACAGCGGUCAUCGGAAGCGCAGUCACCGGUACCUCAGUUACAGUCACCGGCACCCGAAUUACCACCAUUACAGUCACCGGCAGUCGAGUUACCGCCAUUGCAAUCACCGGCACCCGAAUUACCACCAUUACAGUCACCGGCAGUCGAGUUACCGCCAUUGCAAUCACCGGCACCCGAGUUACCACCAUUACAGUCACCGGCAGUCGAGUUACCGCCAUUGCAAUCACCGGCACCCGAGUUACCACCAUUACAGUCACCGGCAGCGGAAUUACCGACAUUGGAGUCAACGGAAUCGCUGCAGCAGUUAUUGGAACCGCAGUCAUCGUUGUCGCCAUCAUUGCAGCCGUCUAUUAAACUGGAUAUUUUACAAAAUGCCUUAAAAAAUCUUAAGUCACCGCCACUGACACCAAAGUCAUCGCCUGUACCGUCGCCUCAGUCACCGGUACCGCAAUUAACGCCAAUGCAGUCACCGGCACCAGAAUUACCGACACCAGAAUUACCGGCACCAGAAUUACCGACACCAAAAUUACCGACACCAGAAUUACCGGCACCAGAAUUACCGACACCAGAAUUACCGACACCAGAAUUACCGGCACCUGAAUUAUUGCCAUUGCAGUCACCGGCUCCGGAGUUACCAUCAUUGCCGCCACCGGCACCUGAGUUACAACCGUUGGAGUCAUUGGAACCGCAAUCACCGUCGCCGCCAUCAUUGCAGCCGACUAUUAAACUGGAUAUUUUACAAAAUGCCCUAAAAAAUCUUAGGUCAGCGCCACCGAAGACAUCUGCACCGGCGCCGCAAUUAUCGUCCGAACCAUUGUCCCAAUUACCGGCUCUACAGUCCAAGCAUUCAUUGGCACCGUCGAAAUCGCAGUCGCAGUCAAUCACGGACUCAUCUAUCAAACUAGAUAUCUUGCAAAAUGCAUUGAAAAAUCUGAAAAAGUCAACGACACUACCGCGAGGACCGCAGCCAUCGGGAAAUCAUCAGUUAGUUCAGCCACCGACACACAAGUUACCUACUGGGCCGCCGACGCCGCUGCCGCAGACAUCAUCUAAGCCGCCGCGGUCACCGGGACUACAGUUGUCGACACAACAGCCACAAUCAACUGGACCGUCGCCGCCGUCGCCGCCGCAAACAUUGCCCAAACCUCAGCGAUCAAUAGUAUUGCAGUCAUCCAGUCUGCCGCCUAAGUCUUUGGGAACUCAGUUAUCGGCAGCGCCGCCACAGUCAUCGGUAUGGCCGCCGCCACCAUCACCACCACCACUAGCGUCGCCAUUGCAGUCUCCGACACUGCAAUCAUCGGCAUGGCCGCCGCCGCCACCACCACCACCACUGACCUCGCAAUUCGAGUCACCGACACUGCAAUCAUCGGAAUGGCCAUCACCACCGGCGCCUCUAUCGGAGUUUCCGGAAGUGCACUCAUCUGUAUGGCCACCACCACCACCGCCGGCGUCACCAUCGCAGUCUCCGGCACUGCAAUCAUCGGUAUGGCCGCCACUACCACCACCACUGGCGUUGCCAGCACAGUAUCCGGCACUGCAAUCAUCGGAAACGCCGCCACCACCACCACCACCGCCACCGCCGCCACCGCCGCCAAUGACAGCUAUAGCAAUAAAUCCAGAAGCUAUCAGAGCCGACACACUUAACGGUUCAACUAAGACAUCGCCGCCACCGCCGUCGCUGUCAGGCCUGCCGUCCAUUAAUACAACUGUAUUUGAAAAGGCUAUGAAAAAUCUGAAAUCACGCCAACAACUGACUGGCGAAUCCAGUAGUCUUGUGGACAACAAAUCGGAACCGAUUGGCGGUAGUAGUAGUAGUAAUGAUAUCUAUAAUGCAUUAAAACGACAAAUUUCUGGACGUAAACAACCAGAAGACAGUUCAUCUGAUGAUGACUUCGAGGAUGACUUCGAGGAUAAUAACUUUGAUGUCUAA